CGUUCACUAACAUCAGGGAGGAAGACCCUGUAUUGUGUAUGGUCUUUUCUUCGGCAACAGGUCCUUUUAAGGAUGGACUGGGGCGAUUCAUUACGACCCCUAGCGCUUUAUAUCUCUCCUCCGGAACGCGUACUAAAAACACCGGAGAGGUAGACCCUGUACUGUGUAUGGUCUUUGCUUCGGCAACAGGUCCUUUUAAGGAUGGACUGGGGCGUUUCAUUACGACCCCUAACACUUUAUAUCUCUCCUCCUCGUAG